CCGGGCGGGGACAGGGUGAGUCGGCGUCUCACGGCCUCCGUGCCAGAGCGCGGAGGGCGGAGGAGAAGAAGGGAAAGCAAAACAAACGCUCUUGUGGUGUAGUCAGUUCGCGGUUACUCACCUCGCCGGCCGGUCCGCCGUCGAGAUGAGGACGCAGCGCUGUCUGGGAGGACGGGACAGACACCCGUCCGGGAGAUUUGUCAUCCCGCUGGUGAAUAACCGGAGAUAGGAGGUCUUGGUUGCGGACAUGAGUGCAAGUCCAUUGGAAAAGACAGCUACAACAAUGCAAUAGUUGCCAGCAUUCCCAUGACAGUUCAACAGCUGGGACCUCUUCCACCUUCUGCUCAUCAGGUUUCAACAGCAUGCAGCCAGAUCAGCCCUAGCUUACAGAGGUCUAUGGAUGCUUCCAGCCUGAGUGCUUCUCUGUCAGAUACAAGGUCUCUCUUGUCACAUGAGUCUCUGACAUCUACAACAUUAAGCUUCUCAGAAGGUCAGUCCACUUUGGGCGUUAAACAAGAGUGGUCACACGGGUACAGGACACUUCCUUCUGUCCCUCCUGACCAUGGUUUACAAAAUGGCAGUGAGCUGGGGGAUCUAGUUUCACCUGAAACAUAUAUGUCCAGUAACCGCAUCUCUAACUCAUUACUGUCCUACUUGUAUGGCAUGGAAAAUAAGCAUUCCCUUUACUCUAGUCCUCACCAUUCCUCAGCCCCAUCUCAGUCAGUCCGCUCCAAAAAGAGAGCACUGUCUGUGUCUCCUCUGUGUGACGGCAUUGGGGUCGAUUUCAAUACAAUCAUCCGUACAUCCCCAACCUCCCUGGUGGCCUACAUCAACAACUCCAGAACGUCGCCAGCAAACAUCUCCCCACAGCCUGAGGUCUAUGGACAUUUUUUAGGAGUGAGAGGAAGCUGCAUACCCCAAAAUUGCUCUAUUCCAACUGCACAGAAAGGCCUCCUCAUGGCAAAUGGCAAUGUCACCUUCCCAGGGUAUGCUGAGAAUGGGGCCGGUGAGUACCAGCGGAUGCAGCAGCUGGAGCAAGCCAGCUUGCAGAUGGCUGCCACAGGUAACAUGGUGAUCCAGCAGGGCAUGCUGCCCACAGACAGCCAGACAGUGGGAAUCCUGAAAAAUGAACGACUGGAUGAGUUCUCAGGCCCUAUGGUGGACAUGCCUCCUCCACCCCUGCAGCUGCCACCACCUCCUCCACAAGGGCCGCCCCCACCGUACCACGCGCAUCAGCACCAGCAUCCACACAGCCUGCCCAGCCAUGUUCACCCACUGCAUGUGCCUCCUCCUGCCCCAGGCUCCCUGCUGGAUGAAGAGGGUGAGCUAGAUGAUCUCAGCAGCAAACAUGGCUGUCUCUGGGUUGACUGCGGUAAGCUGUAUGACCAACAAGAGGAACUCGUGCGGCACAUAGAGAAGAUUCACAUAGACCAGAGGAAGGGAGAGGACUUCACUUGCUUCUGGGCAGGGUGCCCUCGAAGGUACAAGCCAUUUAAUGCCCGUUAUAAACUGCUGAUUCACAUGAGAGUCCAUUCAGGAGAGAAGCCAAACAAAUGCACAUUUAAGGGUUGCAAGAAAGCCUUUUCCAGACUAGAAAAUCUCAAGAUUCACGUAAGGAGCCAUACAGGUGAAAAGCCGUACCUUUGCCAACACGCUGGCUGCCAGAAAGCAUUCAGCAACUCCAGUGACCGUGCCAAGCACCAGAGGACACACUUGGAGACUAAACCUUACGCGUGUCAGAUUCCAGGAUGUACUAAGCGAUACACAGAUCCAAGUUCCCUGAGAAAGCAUGUGAAAGCCCAUUCUUCUAAAGAUCAACAAGUCAGGAAAAAGUUGCAAUCAAGCUCAGAGCUUGGCCAGGACAUCCUGAAUGACUGCCUUGCGAUCCAGACCCUCCAGCCAGCCCUAUCACCGCAUGACACUGCAGAUAAUUCCAUGGGAUACUCCCCAGGGCCUGUUCAUGAUAUUUACCCAGCAGCCCUGAUCUCCAGCACACAGACCAGUCAAAGUGCUACUACAACUGGGGCAGUGUCCUUGUCCCACCCCAGCAGCCACCACUCCCCAGGACAUAAUGCACAGGGUAGUCCUCUCCAUGCUCCCCCCCAGAUACCUCUUCUCUCAGCUGCGGUCUCAGAGAGGUUUGUUGCUCCAGCUCCUUCUCCUCACCUCAUCAGCCACCAGAGAAUGUCUGUUCCACAUCCCAUGUUGCAGAGACAGACUCCACAACCUUCCCAGCUUCAACAGCCUGCAGGAUUGCCUCUAAAGACAUACCAGCCAGCAGAAAGCCCUUCUUUUCAACCAAAUACCCUCCACAUCCAGGGUUUUUAUGGGCAGCUUCAGACUUUCUGCCCUCCACAUCCUGCUGACGCUCAGAAGAACGUACAACAUGGUGUUUCUUGCAAUAUGGUUCCUCCUUUUGAAGACUGCUUAGCUCCCACAUCAGCGGGCCAGGCAGGGCUUGGCCUUUUCCAUCGAACUUUUUCAGGUCAUUCUGGUAUCACAGUGUAUGACUUUCCAGCAGGGUCCAUAGGUAUCUUUGGUGAUUCAGCUUGCAGCAUGCCAGAGGACAGCAGUUUCCUACAAGUAAAUGCAGUGGAUCGUCGUUCUAGCCAGCUUUCUUCCGUGUACACUGAAGGCUAAAGUAAUAUAAAUCUAGUUACAAGAACUUAAUUCCAUUUCAUCUUGCCCUUCUUGUAUUUCUCCACAAAAUGUUUCUCUCCAUGAAACUGCCACGUAUGUAUGGGGAUAUGACUGGAUAUACAUACAUAAUGGAGAGGAAAAAAGCAAUCACUGAGCAUUCUUCAUUUAAUCAAGCUCCAACUGAGAAGGGGAAUGUUUGGAGAAAGCAAGCUUUGCCAAAACCUUAGCAAUUGUUUCUUUUCUUCUCAUCUGUGGCACAGCAACUCUAUUUUUUUAUUAUUUCUUCUUUGUAAUUUCUCAAAGGGAAUUCAGAGACCAAAUAAGAAAACUGCUUGUUAGCUGCAAUCCUUUCAAGCUGAAUGGGUGCACUUACUGAAGAACAAAGCUUUAGAAAAUUCGUUUUUCAAAAGAGGAAAAGAAGUAAAACUAGAGCAUACUACAAACCAUUUCAAAGGCAUACACAACCUUUGCACAACCUUUUUGCAUGUGAUGUUUCCGAAGUUAAACAGACACCAGUAUCCAGAAGGGAGAGAAAUUAGACAUAUAAGUUGGCACUCACUCCCCAUUGGAGGUGUUGGUGUGGCUUCUUUUUGGAGUCAAAGAUCCUUGGUACUGGAUUUCUUACAGGCCUCGAGUUAUGUGUCUCUUCCUUCCCUCUGUAUUUUAAGCCAUACAAUAUGGCUAUUGCUAUUUUUCCAAUGUUCAUUCCAACCCAAUGCUUUAAGCAUGAAUAAGAAGGGUUAAACACAUGAGAAUUUACAUAGACUUUGUCUCUAUUUAACACAUAUGCCAGAUAAGAAUAAGUACAUUUUAACUUUCUGUUGCUUUUUAAUUAUAUUGUGGAGCUUUAUUGCUGUACAUGCUAUAGUAUUCUAUAGGGAGGUUUAAGAUACUGCAUAGGAAAGAUUCUUCCUUAAAUUCCACAGAUUUUUUUAAAAAAACAAUUUGUAUUGAUUCAAUUAAAUUUUUUAUUGCCCUAAUAUUUUCUAUAACACAUUUUCAGAAAGAACUACUCUUAAGUGUGCUGUGUUCCCUGUGGUUACUCAGAGGUAAAGCUGAAACUGGUUUGGUGGUUUUGAUUUUUCUACUCAGUGUCAGGCUAUAGUCCUUGAAUUUAGUCUAGGAUGAAAGCAAAUGUGGUUGCCCUUCAUGGAAGGUACAAAAUUAUGAGUUAAAUACAGUAUUUUGCAGUGAAGACAUGCCAUCACUGUGAUUCUGUAUACCUUGGAAACAACUCUUACAUUAUGCAGAACUGAGUUUUUAGGUGAUUAAUCCCUGUUCAUCCAUUUUGUGGACUUCUUAACUGUGUGGUGUGCAUCUUAACGUUCUCAUGAUCUGAUAUAGUAAGGACAGAAAUUCAGUUCGUUCUUACAGGCUAGACCACAACUAUACUUCUGAAAUCACUCUUCUGGAAAGAUGAACAUAAAAAAAAAUGUUUAUACAAACUCUCUUUUUUUCUGAGAAAAUUUUUUGAGUUUUUCAGUGCAUUUGGCUCAAAUUCAUAAUUUGCUAUUAUGUUGAAUAGGUGAAUUUAUGCCAGAUGUUUAUAAACACUGGCAGUCUUUUGAGGUUUUUAUUCAUGAAGUAUAUUCUUAUGUGCAGGCAUAUGUGCUUAAAUGUUUAAUGGAGAGAUUUUCAUCCAAUUAAUGUGUAGAAUAUAUGGAUAAACCAUGCACAUAAAUGAAGUACAAUAAGAAGUAGUGUGACUAAAAUACAGAUAAUUCUGUGCUAAGUUCUUCCCCCUUUUAUUCUGCUCGCAUCACAGGUGAAGGUGUCCCCCUGCUCCAGCUUGCAAUAAUAGGUCCACAUGUUACAAUAUGUGGUUUGCAUUCAGUAAAUGACAUCAAGCAUCCCUUACAGCUAUACAUGCACAGUCCUUUUGCAUUAGUGUAUGAUCUGGCCCAGUGCAUUGACCACAAGUUUCACUUUUUAAUUAAGCUUUAAUUUUGUGCUAUCUUAAAGCCCAUUAUGCAUUCACUGCACAAGCAUAACUUGAUUCAGCAGGAAUAAUUAGUCACACUGAACACUUCAAUUUCAAAUGUGUGGGACUGUGUUUUGUCCCACCAAAGUCAGCAAGAGCAGAAUCAGGCUCAGUGUGCACGUAUGCUUGUACAUACAUGUGUACAUACAUACUUUGUACAUAUAUAUCCUUCAAGGUUCUUUUAACCACGCGGUUGUCCAGAAUUUGUCUGUUGCUGUGCACAAAACUGAAAUAUUGUUGCUGUCUUCAGAUCUGUACUACCCUGACUUUUAAACCUUUUGAAAUAUUUUUCUGGUAUCCGAAUGUACAAGCUGUUCAGUAGAGUGGGGGACUUUACAUUUUGAAACUUCCUGACCAAAGGAAAAGCAGGGGUACAGAAUUCAAAAAAGGCGUUCAUAAUUUGGGGCUUCAUCAGUUACAUUUAAAAAAGGAAACUUCUGCAAGUCGUUAAUUCAUUAUUUCACACAUAUAUAAUAUAUAUAAAUUCACAGCUUUCCAUGAGACUUAAUCCUAAAAAGAAGGAUUUAGGGUAUAGUUACAUCAAGCACACGAGAGUGGGCUACCAGUCUGUAAAAAGGUAUGCCUUUGUUUACUUCUUUUUCAGAGACAGAGAGGAUUCUUCACAAUUAUUUAAUUAUUCUCUUUGAAAUAGGAGUGACUUCAGGGCAUCAACUUAAUCACUGAGGGCAAUUGUAUAAAAAAGAAUUAUUUUAUCUCAAGUAUUUUAGAUAUUUAAUUAGGGAAUUGUGUUUGUCACAUGUUACAAUGAAAAAAGCGCUUGGGAAAAUACAUAAAGUAAUGCCAGUUACUGAGUCAUCUUCAAAUACUUGUGCCUUAGUGAUUUUUAUGUUGUUAUUCUACUUGCUGGAUUGUUAACUUUCUAAAGGGAUUCAUAUCUAGAAGAUGAAGUUAUUUUAGACUAUGGACAUGAAACAAUAUUAGAAUGAAAUUAUUUACAAUCAUUCUUUUAUACAAUUCACUUGUUUUCAGACUCGAUGAUCUAUUUAUAUCUGCAUUAGAAAUGGAUCUACACUGGAGUUUAAAAUAUAGUUUGAAAGUGCAUAUGUACAUGUGGGAGUUUAUGAGUAUAUGCGUUUAUUUGGAUCUCCCUUUCUAUGUAUAUAUACACACAAGCAUAUAAGCAUUAUGGUUUAAUAAUACCAGGUGCUGAAGUAUUGCAGUGCUAAAACCAUCUGUCAAUCUGUCACAUUGUAUUUUGUUUUCAGCUUUCUUUGAAGAGGUGUAAAUGAGUAUAAAAAUUGUGUUUUAACUGUUUAUUCCCUGUUUUCCUUGUGUAAUUUUAUAGCAGACUUUUUUAAACAGCACUUUUUUGUUCUUUGUAUAGAAUUUUGUUGUUGGUUUGUAUUGUUGGUUUGGGCUUUUCUAAUAUAUAUUUUCUAGAAGCAGGUAAAGCAAAAGAAAAUUACCAUUUAAAAUUAGCUGAGGGGGCUUAUAUUUAAGAAAAAAAAUUCCCUUUAUUCUGUACAGAAAGCAGCAUCUUGUGUAAUAUUUUUUACACAAAGCACUUUGGUAAGGAGAGAAAGUGGGAUUAUGUUUUUUCUAACCCUUGCAGAGUAAUCUACAUAUUUAUACACACUUACAUAUACACUUACGAUCUUGAUUUGCCAUACUGUGUAUCUGACUGAUAGUUGCUCUAAAGAAAUACCUGUUGCAUGUCAUGGAAAAAAAAAUCAAAAUAAUUAGUUACACUUUUUGCUCUGCUAGUAUGUAUAAUUUUGUGAUUUUUUUAUAGUUACUUUUCAUACAAUCAUAAGUUAUUUUUGUCCUCUUUGAUAAAGUUCUGUUUUAUGUAAAAAGUAAAGUGAAAUGUGUAUAUGGAUGGUACAAAAUAAAACCUGAAAACUGUAACUCCAUUAUAUAACCUGUAGAACACCUUGUUGAGAGAUACCUUUAAAGAAGACUGCUCCAGUCAUUGUCCUUCACCAUAAAACUACUAGUGUUUGCAUAGAUUCAUAUAAUUAGAAACAGAAACGGGAAAAAAACCCUCAGAGAUUUCUUCUAAAAAACUCUCGGGUUAGAUUUUUAAGUCUGGGUUUAAUUAUUGUUAUAGUGAGGAUAGAGAUAGAGAUACAGAUAAAUGAAUGCCUUAGUGGGUGUUUACACCCUGGGUGGAGACACAAAUAAAGGAAGAAAAUUUAAUUACA